GAGGCGAAGUACCACGGAGUAAUCUGGAGCCUCACGCAGAAGUUUUAUUGACAUUAAAUAAGACAUGCAUAGAAUGGACAGCACAGUGGCUUCGUGUCGCCUUCGAGAAACAUGGUGCCUUAUUCACAAUUUCGCAAGCACAAAAGGACGCUUUCGUUAAAAAUGUGCUGCGAGAACGAACAAACAAACGGAUGUGUGAAUUAUUGCAAAAUUUUAGCUUGCAGAAUUUAUCUUCAGCAAAUAAUUGGAAUAUAAUGACACGCAAGCAAUAAAAGAGAAAAAGAAAAGAAUCGAUAAAGAAAUUCAGAAUGGAAGCCAGUCAUAAACAACUUAUUUAUCUUCCUAAUUGUUCAUCUCGAUUAUUCGCACCACAAAAGAAAUCAUCUUAAAGUUUUGCUUGCGGAUGAUCAAUGUUGGAAGAAUGGUAUUGUCGUUCAAUUGCAAACAACAAUGCAGAUGCAGAAGAUGAUGACGAUGAUAGUCCAGAGGAGGAAGUGCCUAAUUACAAGGAUCAAUAUCGAAAUCUUAAAAGAAAAUUAAAAUUUUUAAUUUAUGAAAAUGAAUGUUUUCAAGAAGCUUUACGAUCUACACAAAGAAAACUACUUAAAGUAAAUAGGGAUAAAAGUUUUUUAUUGGAUAGAUUAUUACAAUAUGAGAAGGUAGAUGCUUCAUUCAGUGAAAGUGAUGAAACAGAAUCAUCUGAUGAGGAAGUUACACGUCUUGAUACUUCAAAAAGAAAAAAAAUAGAAAUAGGCAUUAGUAAUCACACACCACAUCAUAUACCAACAGUAACAAAGCCUCUUAAUACAAGUAAAAAGAAGAAACCUACUCCAAAAGUGACAAAAUCAAAUAACACACCCAUAGUACAAUCAUCAAAUAAUAUAGUACCAAUGUCUUUAAUGUCAGAUGGACAUAUGACACCAGAAGAAGUAGAAAGACAUCUAGAGUCUCGACAAACUUACUUGGAAUUAGUACCAGAAAAAGCACCACCUACUGUUCCAACUGAAAUGUUUAGCAAUGAUCCUUCAUUAGACAGCGAAUCUAAUGAAAUCGGAGAAUUAGAAACAUCUCCAAGUAAUAUAGGUGAAGAUUGUCCCAGUGUGGAUAUGAUGGCUGAGUGACAAACGUUUAUUCAUAAUUUAGUGAUUAAUUACAAACUGCACAUUAUUACAUAUUUCAUUAAUAAUAUCUUAGUUAACUUAACUGUAUUCUUCGUAAUAUAAUACAAGUUUUUAUACAUGUAAA